CCACACUCGAGCCUACAUCGUCGCCCAAGUCCUCUGCCUCGCCGUCUACCCGCAUGACCACCAUCCCUGCGCGUCUGGCGCGCCCUGCAGCGCGGUCCGCUAGCCCCCAGGAGGCCCGCAAACGGGUCAUCCAGCUGUAUCGCGACUGGUAUCGCGGGGCACCCGAGAUCAUCCCCCUCUAUGCCAUCCCCGUCAGCGCGCAGUACUUCCGACACUGCAUCCGCCGCAAGUUUGAGGAGAACCGCUACGUGACGGACCCUCGCGUCAUCGACGUGCUCUUGCUCAAGGGCCGGCAAGAGUAUCAGGAGACGAUGAAUCUUUGGAAGCAGACGGACCAUGUCAUGGGCAUCCUCCUCGAGGAUAGGAAACGCCCGCAACGGACGUUCCUGCAGAAGUUCUACGAAGGGAGAGACGAGGAUGCUGUAUUGCCCGCUGCCACUGGUCUGCUCAAGUAGAGAGAAUCGGAUUGCAUUUGCUCUUGCG